AUGGCUAGUAGCUCUUUUCCGCUCUCGAGGUCAUUCGGAUCCUUGGACGAGUAUGCCAAAGCCAGAGAGUCCCUCGUGAGGGCUGAGAAGGCGCACGGCUAUGAAGGCCUAGUCCAGAGAACGAGUCUGGAAUCGGCAGCUGAGGACAUUAUCCAGCAACUCAAGGCUUGGGAAGAUGAAAAUAUUUAUGGUAUCAAGAGCGACGGGUCUGGUUUCGAGGCAGGCCAUCGGUUUUUCCACGGGUUGGAUGUAGCACCGACGAGCAAGCUGUUUGAGGCUGCCGUCAAGGCCCCCAAAGGCUGUCUUUUACAUUGCCAUUACGACUGUCUUUUACCUCCGGAUACAGCUCUCAGCGAUGCUCGCAACCAGCCGAACCUUUAUAUCAAGGCUGACGUGCCAUUGGUCUCUGAAGGGCUCUUUGCUUAUGCAUUACCACAGUUUGAUGUGUUUAGCCAAGAUAUACCACUAGUUGACUCUAGCAACAUGUUCAGCAAGGGUUAUAUAGCCGGAUCCUGGAUGCGCUAUUCGGAAUUCCUGGCUAGAUUUCCAGGCGGAGCUGCAAAAGCAGAAGCAUGGCUGCAUAAGAGAAUGGUGUUGAAACCAGAGGACUCUUAUCACCCGAAGCAGACAGUUGAUGGAGAACAAUUUCGAAGAGUAUUGUGGAAGUUUGCACAAGACGGCAUCAUGUAUGCAGAGAUUCGAGUAGCGCUCAAUUAUGGCUUCGCUAUCAAGUCUGAUGAUGGUACUCGGGAACUCAAGCAAAAGGAAGCUUUGGAGAUUUUCCAGAGCGUCCUCAAAGAAGAAAUCCCAAAGAUUCACGCCGCGGGCCAUGUAUUUUAUGGUGUCAAGGUUAUCUAUGCGUGUAUGAGGUCUUCUUCCAGAGAGGCCAUGCUAUGGUGCAUGGACAACUGCAUCGAAAUGAAGCAGCUGUUCCCCGAUUUAAUUUGCGCAUUUGAUAUGCAAGGUCAAGAAGAUACUGGCCACCCGCUCUCUUACUGGGUCGCCGAUCUUCUCGAUAUGCGCGCCAAAAUCACUCAGUUGAAUCUUGAUUUGCCAUUCAUCUUUCAUGCUGGAGAGACACUUGAUCACGGUGGGGAGACUGACUCAAACUUGUAUGAUGCUAUCCUUCUUGACACGAAGCGCAUCGGUCACGGUUUCAGCAUUACCAAGCAUCCGCUUCUGAUGCAGCUUUGCAAAGAGAGGCAAAUCGCAAUUGAGACUUGCCCCAUUUCUAACGAAGUGUUGGGAUUGGUCCCUACAACGAAAUCUCACCAUUUACCAGUGCUCUUGGCAAAUUGUGUACCCUGCACCGUCAACAGUGAUGAUCCCGGAUCUUGGGAAGCGAGCAUGCUAUCCCAUGACUUUCAUCAAGCAAUGAUGGGCAGUGAAAACAUGACGCUCAUGGGCUGGCGAACCAUCGCAGAAUGGAGUAUCUCGUACAGCUGCACAAGUGAAGCGACGAAGAAGGAGAUGCUAAACGACUACAGAAACAAAUGGACAGAAUUCUGUCAAUGGAUUAUUGAUACAAAUGGAAAGAAAUAG